AUGACGGCCUUUCGUCCUGCUCGUCAUCCGCCUCGCGGACGAAUCACCUGGAUCAGCCCGAUCCUGGGUCUCCUGGUCAUCCUGUUCAUAUACAUGAAUCACCAAAACGCCUCGGCCCCGAUCGCAUUCCCUCAACGACAACAAAAUGCUAACACAGACUGUCCCGACCUUCCCGGCUUGGAGGACAUCUUCGUGGUCCUGAAAACCGGCGUCACCGAAGCCCGCGACAAAGUCCCCAUCCACCUGCAAACCACCCUCCGUUGCAUCCCAAACUACAUAAUCUUCUCCGACUACGCCGAGAAAAUCCACAACGUGCAACUCCACGACGUCCUCGAAAACGUAGCCGAGGACAUCAAACAAUCCAACCCGGAUUUCAGCAUCUACAACCGCGUCCGCGCCGCCGGGCGCACAGCCCUCACAUCCGCCGACCUGAACCCGGAUACCAACUCCGCCUUCGGGAAACCGAACAACCCAGGCUGGAAACUGGAUAAGUGGAAGUUCCUGCCCAUGAUCGAGGAGACGUUGAAGGCGCGCGCCGACGCGAAAUGGUACGUCUUCAUGGAGGCCGAUACGUAUUUCUUCUGGCCGAAUUUGUUGUCCUGGUUGGCGCAGCUGGAGCACCAGCAGCCGUAUUAUUUGGGCAAUCAGAUGCAGAUCGCCGAUGUGGUGUUUGCGCAUGGUGGGUCCGGGUUUGUGCUUUCGAAUCCGGCUAUGCGCGCGGCGGUUACGCUGAGGAGGGAGAAUGUGGAUAUGUGGGAUCGCGUGACGAAUGAUCACUGGGCGGGUGAUUGUGUGUUGGGGAAGUUGAUGGCGGAUGCUGGCGUCGGUAUGCUCUGGGCCUGGCCGGUUUUGAUCUCCGGGCAGCCGAGUGAGCUGGACUUUUUCUCGGAAGGGUAUCGCAAGAAGCCGUGGUGUUAUGCGCCGGUGGCCUAUCAUCAUCUGGGGCCGGACCAAAUUCGAGAACUCUGGGAGUUUGAGCGGAAAUGGUACCGCGAUGGCAAUCGGAAGCACGUCUUGUAUCGGGAUGUGUUUCGACAUAUUGUCCGCCCGAAGUUGGGAGGGACGGUCGCCGGUUGGGAUAAUCGGAUUGAAGAGACGCCGGGGAAGUCGAGUCUCAGCUUGGUGGAGUGCCGGGUGCUCUGCUAUCGUGACGAUAAAUGUGUACAGUAUACUUAUACCGAUGGGAAGUGUUGGACAUCCCAUGUGCCUGUUCGGGGUGCGCAGAAGGACGGAGUCGCCUCCGGCUGGAUUACGGAGAGAGUCGAUGCCCUGGUGGAUGAUAUGGGUUCCUGUCCUCAUGCGAAAUGGAUUCUAAGCUAG